AUGAAAUACCAAAUAUUAUUUAUACCCAUUUGGAUUAUCGACUGUUCUCAUAUCGCUCAGAAUAAUUCCGAAGUUUUUGUAUCGUAUUCUGGGCAUAGUGAUUUGGAAAGACUAGAAAAACUAGAAGAACAUGUACCUCAGAAAGAAGAAAAAGUAACUGAAAAAGAAGAGAAGAUAACAAAAGUAUCUGAAACUGUUACUGAAGGUGUAGUGUUUAUACCAAAUGAAAAGCCAGUUUUUCGUGUUGAAGAUGGUAUGAAAAUUGAUGAUCUUGUUAAUACUAGACGAAUUGGAGAUCUAAUGGAAAAUAUAAAUGUUGCUACAGAAAAACCUCAACAAGAUAUUUUGUUCAUUUCUGGUAAAAACAAUGAAAAUCUAGAAACACUGGAUGCCUCCAAAAAGCAGAAUAAUCACCAAGAUUCUGGAAGACUUGUUCCAAAAUCUAGUAAAGCGAAAAAACCUAAGCCCAUCGAUUGCACUCAUUUGAAUUGCAAUAACACUAUAAAUUCGGUUUGUGGAGGGAAAGAGGAAGACAAAAGAUGGAAAUUCAGAUUGUUUUUAAAUGAGUGCUUUUUUAGAAAAGUUAAUUGUGGCUUCCAAUAUGCUGUUAACAGAUAUAAUAUAGUACCAUUGGAAAAAUGCAAAAAUAUUGGAGCACAUUUAGUCUCCAGACCUUUUGUGUUUAAGCCAAUACCGAUGCCAUUACAAAACAAGCCCUCUAUACAAAAUGAGACCAGAAGAUCAUUUUCUUCUAGAAGAUCUCUAAACAUGGGUAUAGAUGGCAGUUUCUGCGCACACGCAUGCCCAAGUUCAUGCACAGAUGACUAUGACCCACAAUGCGCCGUAUCCAACAGCGGAGUUAGAAAAGUGUUUCUAAAUCACUGUAAAUUGGAUUACAAUUCCUGUUUAUAUAAAGUUGUUUGGCAUCGGCGUCCGCUCUCAGAGUGUGUUGGGGGUAAAAAGGCAGAUAUGACUCAGAAUAGAGGCUUCAUAGGGUGGAUGCAACGAGUUGGUAUCGUCGAUCGAAAAGGACGCUUAGUUUUAUCU